AUGAAGACCCUAGUUCUACCAACCCUCCUGCUACUGAGCAGCCUGGGCACAGCAACCAGCCUCCAAGACGAACCGCAGCUCUUCUCAAAUGUCUCCGUCGACCUGGCCUCGGAGAGAAUGCUCUCAACCCGAGACCUAGGACUAGGCUCCGACUUCCAUAUCCUCGACGCGCGCGCCAGCGAGUGCCGCGUCGGCUACAGCGAGUGCCCGAAUGAUCCAAACUACUGCUGCCAAACGGGCAAAUCGUGCUGCAGCGGCACCAGCUACUGCGCCAGUCCGGGUUCAGUCUGCUGCGCGGACUAUGGCACCUGUCGUAGUGGGUGGAAGUGCUGUACUGGGACUGGUUGUGCACCUAUUGGUGGAGAGUGUUGCAGUGGGGGCUAUUAUUGUCCGGCUGGGAAGCAGUGUCGGAUUUGGAAAGGCGAGAACGUCUGUUGUCCUUCCACGGGCUGUAUUGGCGAGUUUGAUACUGGUGGUGAUGAAAACACUGUUGGUGGCUCGGAGGCUACCGAGACAGAGACGGAGACGGCGACUAUUACGAGUGUCUAUAAUGCGCCGACGAUUACUGCUCUUGAUUAUGAGUAUUACUAUACGACUGUUUAUUGGACUUAUUGGUUCUAUUUCUGGACUUCUUUCUCGCCUUAUACUGUCCGGACGGUUACUUCGACUACCACGACUACUCAUACUGUCUGGUCGGUGUACAUGACGGAUAGUGAGGAGGCAAGUGCCUCACUGUCGUCCAAGUCCUCACGCUAUUCCUUCUCUACGCCGUAUUCGGCCACCUCUUUGAAAAGUUCAUCGGACCCUGUCACAAUUUCCACGGCUGAUUCUACCCCGAGUGCUACUUCUGUCUCAUCAGAUGGCACUAGUGGUUCAUCUGGCUCGGAUGUCACGUCUCCAUUCGGUGGCUCGGCCAUUGCUAGUGUCAGUGUUAGUAUCACUGGAGUCAUGGCUGCUUUCUUGGCUGCUGCUAUUGGUGGACUGGCUUUUGGGCUGUGA